AUGACUAGUGGCUAUGAGCAGACUCUUAAUCUGUUGAACAAGGAAAUCAAGAAAGAAAACAAGGCCACUAGAAAUCGAAUUCAAAGCAUCUUACUUGACAACAGGUUUCUUAGCGAACAUGUAUUGACAGUGUUCCCAGACUUCCCGGUAAUUCCCAAUGAAAGGUGCGGUUUAUGGUAUUGCAAACCCGGUUCUUUCAAUCAAACAAGUUACUUCAAGUCUACUGAUGGGCAUACAAAUCAAUGGGAUUUUAGCUUACGACGUUUAAAUCUACAUUUGCUGCCAACAUUGGCGAAGAAUGGCGGAAUUGUUGUUGUUGAUAGUACUAGACGAGGCAAAAAGCUGCCCGAUGCUCUCAGCAAAACAGUACCUAUUUGGUGUGCGGUUCUCAACUCUUUGAUGUUAGAGCAUCUUGGAAGAGAAGACGAGGAAGUGCUAUUUUGUCCUCCUGGCACUGUAUCUAAACAAGAAUACACGCAGAUCAAGGCCAAAAUCCCAAGUCUGGUAACGAAAUUUAAAGCGAUCAACGCCAUUUCGGGUGCAGAGCUUGCCAGGCUCUUUCGUGGUAAGAUUCUUCGACCGCUAUGGGUGUAUCCCGGCUCAUCGCUAUUAAACGCCCAACAUGAUCUUUUCACCGGGGAAAUCGUAAACGUGAAAUGGGAAAGUCCCGAAACAGAAACAAUCAUCCCCAUUGUGCUCUGUGCAGUCAGCUACCAAUGCCAGGAUGGCGUCGACAACAGACACGGCUUUACGUAUGUCCAAGGUGCAGCCGACGAUCACGAAUUGUGGUCAGAAGGCCUGACUGCCGAUCUUCUUUGGGAAAAUGUGUCUACGCUAGGGGACUUAACGCUUAGCGAUCAGAGAAUUCGAGACUUCAUCACUGCUCAGACUGAACUGAAAAGGAACAACACCAGUGCGAGCAACGCACUCGACGAUCUGAUUAGCACCGAUAUUUUGACGCCGGAACUGCACAUAGGAAAGAUUGUGGAGCCAUUAAGACUGAAAAAAGACCUUCAGGAUCAAUUACUCGCCACUUAUUCCUUUGUCGUGAUUCUAAGCGAACACGCAGAAGUCGUAAGGGACGCAACUGCAACACCCUCUGAUCCUAGCUACAAUCCUGCCAUCACCAUUGUUAAGCUUUCUAGUGGCUCCAAGAAGAGCUCCAAAAGUUUACGGACAACAUUGACCGAUAUCUGUCCUCUGGCGGAGUCUCAUCUCAACGACGCUCUUCCUAUUUUAAUUUGCUGUGGUGACGGUAAAGACAUGUCAGUCAGUGUGUUACUCAGUCUACUAUGUCGAAAUUAUAAUCUCGAAACUUGGAAGCUCGAACAGCAGCCCCAUGCCAUAGACAAGACAAUAAUCAAAAGGCAUUUAUUCAAGAUGAUAAGCACACUGAACGGGAGAAACAUAAACCCACCGCGAGCCUCUUUGAAUAGUGUUAAUGCGUAUUUAAUGUGA